GAGAGUGGAAACGGGGUGAUGUGUGUGCUGGGAAUUCAAAGCUGGGUGGGUCCACUCUGUUUCACAUUCCCGAAAUCACUGCCGGGGCCGCGAGUCAAAGCUCUUUCAGUUCUCAGAAGGCAACGCAAUGUUGAUGCUGGCUGGAGUCGUUGUUCUGCACAUCACCACCAUCGUCCUGCUGCUGCUGGCCGCCAUCGAUAAUGCCUGGUGGAUCACCGACACAGUGUCCACGGACUUGUGGGGCAGAUGGGAGUUGACAAACUCAAUGUGGCAUUACACCAACCUGAAAGACUACCCACAGGAAUAUCUCCAGACGGUACAGGCCACCUCGGUGCUGGCCUGUAUUUUUGCCGUCCUGUCCUUGUUUGUGUUUGUGGCUCAGCUGUUCACCCUGCCCAAGGGCCAGAGGUUCACCUUCACUGGCAUCCUGCAGCUAAUCGCCUGUGUGUGUGUAAUGAUUGCAGCAUCCGUCUACACGGCCAAGCUCCCCCCCAGCCAGAGGGAGGGAGGGUACGGACACUCCUACGUGCUGGCCUGGAUCUCCUUCGUCCUCACCUUCAUCUUAGCCAUCACCUACCUCAUCCUGCGGAAGAAGAGCGAGUGAGAGGAUACAGGGAGCGAGGUCAGGCUUUGGGGUGGUGAUCCCGCUUUGAAUUAGGGAAACUCAAAUAAUGACACGUGUCCAGAAAUUGGGGGGUGGGGGACUAUUAAAUCAAUGAUGUACAUCUGCAGCUAGGAAAAGGAGCCAUUUGUUUGUUUUAAAUACAUUAAAAUGGAGCUCAUGCUGACAUUUCAUGAAGAAUUGAACUUCACUUUUUUACUUCAUAGAUUUCUAUUUGGUUAAAGGGAGAAAAGCUCAGUGUGGGCUAAAUGUGACGGUUGUGGUGAGGAGGGUGCAACCUUUUAAAAGUCCUUAUUUCAUACUAGUUUAACCAUUAAAUACAACAUCAAAUGUAUUGUCUUUUUAAACGUUACAUAUACAUAUACAAUUGGAGGAUGGUCUGUAUCAAUUAGUACCGUAGGCUUUUUUUCAGAGUGGAUGGAAGUCUUAUAUCUGCAUUAAAUAUAAAGCUACUGCUAGCAGAGGGAUAGCUUAGCAUAAACGCUGUCUCACAUUCUUUCCA